AAGUAUUUAUUAGUGUGUGACAAAUUAUUAGUUUUUAUUAAUUUAUUAUUAGUUUACAUACUUGAGAAUGUUUCAGUGCAAGCUAAAUUUGAAUGCAUUUUGUUCAAAUUUAACCUGAAGAAAUCCUGAUGUUGUUUUUGACCUGUUUAAACACACCCAAAAUUGAUCAGAAACUCCACCCUCUUUCAACACUCAACAGGAAAAGACUGACCUAUUUUUCCUUUCUGUCAUACUGACUUCCUACUCUAGUGAUAAAAGCAAAAAAGAAUCAGCAAUCAAUGACGAAUGUUGAGGAAAUUUUGAAGAAAUUUUUUGAGAAAUUUGUUUCUGAACAGACAGCAGAACUUUGUGAUUCUCUUGGUUAUUCAUUUUGGAAACCAUUGUUCAGAAAGUUAAAGUCAAGUUUAUAUUGCUGGAGCUCAAACAGUAAAAAUGUCUUCACUAUCUGUAGAUGAUUUUUCUUGUCCCGUGUGUUUUGACAUCUUAAAGGAUCCUGUUCUUCUAUCAUGUAAUCACAGUAUCUGUAAAGAGUGUCUUCAACAGUUCUGGAGAACCAAGAAUACCCAGGAGUGUCCUGUCUGCAGGAGAAGAUCCUCAAGAGAUGAUUCUCCAAAUAAUCUUGCGUUAAAAAACUUGUGCGAGUCGUUCCUGAAGGAGAGAAAUGAGAGGCGUUCAUCAGAAUCUGAGGAGAUCUGCCAUUUACACAGUGAGAAACUCAAACUCUUCUGUCUGGAGGACAAACAGCCUGUGUGUUUGGUGUGCAGAGAUACACCGAAACACAUCAAUCACACAUUCAGACCCAUCAGUGAAGUUGUUCCAUCAUAUAAGGAGGAGCUCAAUACAGCACUGAAGUCCUUACAAGAGAAACUUAAACACAAAGAAAACAGUAAAGGAAAGUUUCAGAAAACAGUUCAACACAUCAAGUCUCAAGUUGAUCACACAGAGCAUCAGAUUAAACAGCAGUUUGAGAAGCUUCAUCAGUUUCUCAGAGAUGAAGAAGAAGCUACAAUCACUGCACUGAGGGAGGAAGAGGAGCAGAAGAAGAAGAUGAUGAAGGAGAAGCUGGAGGAGAUGAACAGACACAUCUCAGCUCUUUCACACACAAUCAAAGACAUGGAGGAGAUGAUGAAAAACAAUGACGUCUGCUUUCUGAAGAAGUUUCCAGUCUCAAUGAAAGUCCAGAUCUCACAGCCGGAUCCACAGAUGGCUUCUGGAGCUUUGAUUCAUGUGUCACGUUACUUGGGCAACCUGCAGUUCAGAGUCUGGAAAAAGAUGCAGGACAUCGUCCAAAACACUCCUGUCAUUCUGGAUCCAAACACUGCGAAUCCACAUCUCGUCCUGUCUGAUGAUCUGACCAGUGUGAGAUGGAGAGAGAACAAACAUCUGCUUCCUGAUAAUCCAGAGAGAUUUGAUGAUUAUUACUGUGUUUUGGGUUCAGAGGGUUUUAACUCAGGAACACACUGCUGGGAUGUGGAGGUUAAAAAGAAUUUAGCUUGGAGACUUGGAGUAACAGCAUCAAACCAGAGGAAGGGAUGGGAUUUCUUAAACACUGAAGUCUGGAGUGUGCGGUACGGACUGACUAAACCAUUUUGUUCUACUGUUAAACAGAAACUUCAGCGUGUGAGAGUGUAUCUGGACUAUGACAGAGGAACGGUGUCAUUCUCUGAUCCUGUAACUAACACACAUCUACACACAUUCACAACCACCUUCACUGACACACUCUUUCCGUUCUUCUAUAGUCGUUACCCUCUGAGAAUCUUACCGCUCAAUAGUCAGUAAACAUUACAUCAAGGUCUGUUUUUACCUCUGUAAGAGUGCUGUUGAUCUGAAUAUCAGUAAGGCUGUGAUUGGGCCGCAGCUGAUCACGUGUCUGAUAUCCUGCACUACAGCAACACUCACACUCUCAUAUUGAUUUUAUACAACAGUUCAAUGAUUAAUGAAAAAUAUGGCCAAAUAUUUAGUUUAUUUUUGUCCCAACUGAAAUUAAAGCAGGAAUGAGCAUUGAAAAUGAAGUGAACACAUAGACAGCUCUUAUAUCUCAGGUACUAAUAGUUUCCAUUUAUAGAUUUAAUUGGUCAAAGAAAAAAAAAGAGCGCUUUGACAAUUUAGUAUCAAUAGGACUAAAUCUGAAGUAUGAAUGAGAUAGCUUACUUGCCUAUCCUUAAAUGAAGGGAUGUAAUAAUAGCAAUAAAUGCCAUACAGGUUAUUAUGAAUAAUGAACAUGUUUAUAUGUGCUUCUAAUUCAUAGAACAUUUAAGUAAUAAUAAUAACACAAGCCAUUAUUUUAAGUAAAUAAUAACACCAGCCUUCUUCACAAAAAUUUUUUUUUAUACAUUUACCAUAGGAAAUUUACAAAAUACCUUCAUUGAACAUGAUCUUUACUUAAUAUCCUAAUAAAUUAAAAGAAAAAUAAUUUUGACCAAUACAAUGUAUUGUUGGUUAUUGCAACAAAAUACCUGUGCGACUUGUGGUCCAGGAUCACAAAUAAAUGUAAAAAAGCACUCAUAUUUUUUCCAACACCAUUUCCUUUUAGGGGCUCCAUAGAAUGUGUCAUUUCCUUUCCGAAUAAGGUAUUCAGCUUUGGGCAGGUCUAGAUCUAAGUCUAACUUUAACUUUUCAUUUCAAAAUAAAUAUAUUUUAUAUGUAUUGUUACCCUAUGAAUCUAACACUCUGCCCUUUUGUUGGAAACAGCACUGUCCUGUGUAGAACAUAGAUUGUAAAAAAAAAAAAAGAUGGACCACGUGUUUCCACUUCCUUCCACUGUACAAAAAUGAAGCCAAAUAUCCCAGUUUCAAUCAUUGCUGAUUAGGUCAUUUGGAGCCCUAGUCUGCACAGUAGUGAUAAUGAGGUGGAUUACAUGGGGAGGGCGGGGUUUAUGGCCUGUACUGCAGCCAGCCACCAGGAGGCGAUCAAAAUGCUUUUGGCUUCACUUUUCAGGACAUGUGCGCAGUGUUCCCAACUUAGCAAUUUUGUUGCUAGAUUUAGCAACUUUUCAGACUACACUAGCAACUUUUUUUCCAAAAAGCACCUAGCAACAAAUUUAGCAAUUUUUAACAUUUAUUUGGCAACUUUUAGCAACUUUUGGAAAGUGACUCUAAUUAAAACAGCACACGUACAAGCUAGCUAAAUAGACUGAGCGGUUGAUUCAUAAUUCCUUAAGAUCACUGGAAAUAGCUGUAAAAACCGGAAGACAAAAGACAACGAGUGGGGGCGGGGCUACACAAAAAGGCACGAUCAUAGAGUGCCCCAGGGAUGGCGCGUUUUUGUAGGCAAAACCCGGAAGCGAGUUAGCAUUUUAGGACUUCCGGUUCCAACGCUGUAAAGUCUAUGGGUUUUUUUAAUGGGUUUUUGCU